UCCGGCAUCCCACUUUCAGCCUCUUUAAUGGUUGAUUGUGGCUUCUUUUCCUUCUUUGUCCUUAGUUGAAGUGUGACGGGCUCUGCCUUCUGUGGCCUCUGCUCUGCCCCAGAACAGCCUGGAGGAGGAGGGAAUGGCUCCUGCCGUGACAGCCAGGCCCGGGAAGGAAUCAGUGACAUUCAAGGAUGUGGCUGUGGAAUUCACCCAGGAGGAGUGGGUGCAGCUGAACCCAUCUCAGAAAAAGCUGUACAGGGAUGUGAUGCUGGAGAACUAUAGGAACUUGGUCUCUUUGGGAUUUGCAGUUUCUAAACCAGAUGUGAUCUACCAGAUGGAAAGAAAGGAAACAUCUUGGAUACCAGAGGCAGAUAUUCCAAGAAGCAGCUUUCCAGAGAACAGAGAAUUUACUGGAGAUAAACCUCUUGAAUGUAAUGAAUGUGAAAAGGCCUUCUGGAGCAAGGAGCAUCUUGCUGUGCAUCAGAGAAUUCAUACUGGAGAGUUUGUUUAUCAGUGUAAGGAGUGUGGGAAGGCUUUUCUCUACAACUCAGAACUUCUUCAACAUAAAAAAAUUCAUACUGGAGAGAAACCAUAUGAAUGUAAUGAAUGUGGGAAGGCCUUCAGGAAAAACUCACAACUUACAGUGCAUCAGAGAAUUCAUAUUGGAGAUAUUCUUUAUGCAUGUAAGUACUGUGGGAAAGCUUUUCUCUACAACUCAGAAUUUGUUCAACAUCAAAGAAUUCAUACAGGAGAGAAACCUUAUGAAUGUAGUGAAUGUGGAAAAGCCUUCAGGAGGAAGGAACAUCUUACUGUGCAUCAGAAAAUUCAUACUGGAGAGAAACCUUAUGAAUGUAGUGAAUGUGGAAAGGCCUUCAGAAGUAAGGGACAUCAUACUGAGCAUCAGAAAAUUCAUACUGGAAACAUUCUUUAUGAAUGUAAGGAGUGUGGGAAGGGUUUCCUGUACAAUUCAGGUCUUAUUCAACAUCAAAAAAUUCAUAGUGUAGAGAAACCUUAUAAAUGUAGUGAAUGUAUGGAGGCCUUCAGGAGUAAGACACUACUUUCUGUGCACCAGAGAAUUCAUACUGGAGAGAUGCUUUAUAAAUGUAAGGAAUGUGGGAAGGCUUUUCUCUACAACUCAGAACUUCUUCAACAUCAAAGAAUUCAUACAGGAGAGAAACCUUAUGAAUGUAGCGAAUGUGUGAAGGCCUUCAGGAGUAAGUCCCAACUUACACUGCAUCAGAGAAUUCAUACUGGAGAGAAACCUUACAAAUGUAGUGAAUGUGGGAGGGCCUUCAGGAGUAAGGGACAUCAUACUGUGCACCAGAGAAUUCAUACUGGAGAGAAACCUUACAAAUGUACUGAAUGUGGGAAGGCCUUCAGGAGUAACUCACAACUUACAGUGCAUCUGAAAAUUCAUACUGGAGACAUUCUUUAUGAAUGUAAGGAGUGUGGGAAGGCUUUUAGGAGUAAGGGACAUCAUACUGUGCAUCAGAGAAUUCAUACUGGAGAGAAACCUUAUGAAUGUAGUGAAUGUGGAAAGGCCUUUAGGAGUAAGGGACAUCAUACUGAGCAUCAGAGAAUUCAUACUGGAAAGAUGCUUUAUGAAUGUAAGGAGUGUGGGAAGGGUUUCCUCUACAACUCAGGUCUUACUCAACAUCAAAAAAUUCAUACUGAAGAGAAACCUUAUGAAUGUAGUGAAUGUAUGGAGGCCUUCAGAAGUAAGACACUACUUUCUGUGCACCAGAGGAUUCAUACUGGAGAGAUGCUUUAUAAAUGUAAGGCUUGUGGGAAAGCCUUUCUUUACAAUUCAGAACUUAUUCGACAUCAAAGAGUUCAUACUGGAGAGAAACCUUAUGAAUGUAGUGAAUGUGGGAAGGCCUUCAGGAUUAAGACACAACUUACUGUGCAUCAGAAAAUUCAUAUUGGAGACAUUCUUUUUGAAUGUAAGGAGUGUGGGAAGGCUUUCCCAUAUAACUCAGGACUUAUUCGACAUCAAAGAAUUCAUACUGGAGAGAAACCUUAGGAAUGUAGUCAGUGUCAGAAGGCUGUCAAGACAAAGGCACAUCUUACUGUGUGUUAGAAAACUUGUAUUGGAGGCAUCCUUUAUAAAUGUAAGAGUGUGGGAAGGCUAUCCUCUGCAACUCAGAUCUUAGUUGAUAUCAAAGUGUUCAUAUUGGAAAGAACUCUUAUGAAUGUAAUGGAUGUGGGAACAUCUUCAGAGUGAGGAUACAACUUACUCAACACCAAAGAAUUCAUUCAGGAAAGAAACCUCAACAGUGUAAUGCAUGUAGGAAGGCCUUUGGACUGAGGACACUACUUUAUGUCCACCAGAGAAUUCAUACUAGAAUGAUUCUUUAUGAAUGGAAGAAGUAAGGGAAGAUUCCCCCAGCUGACUAGACUGUGAUUCUGAGUCCCUAGAUGCAGUUCAGAGAGUCCUUAUUUAGACUUCAUGGAAGAAGAGAACCCUGACCUCUGCAGAGGCCUCUAAAGGGGCAAAGAUUUAGUCUUAUCCUCCCAUGGACCUUCAGGGAGGGAAAGGUUAUGCUGGUUGAGCAGAGGUUACUGCUGGUAGUAUUGGGAGAGCCUUAGUAUUAACUUUGAUCCCUGGGCAUAUGACAUGCAAGAUGCUUGGGGAUCACAUCAUGAGGUGAGCCUGAGCCUAAUGAGUGAUGAGUAAUUGUUGAAAGUGCUUGAGGAAUAUACCAUAAUCUGAGCUGUGUUUCUGAUGUUGCUGGUGCUGCUUCUGAUCAUAUUCAUUUGGGUAGCCACUGUUGGGCCAUAAAGACUUGGAAUCAUAAAUAAUAAUAUAAAUAUAGGGAAGUCAAUUCAACCUUGAAAUGUACAACCAGCUCUUAUAUUCCUAAAGUGAUAUAAGAUGCUAGCUAAUGUUCUUGGGGCCCUUUCUAGUUUACAUUAUACAGGAUGCCUCAGAAGUCUUAGUGUAUUUACAUGUUACCAAAACUUAAAUUGUAUUAUGUUUUAUCUUCCUAGAACAAUAGAAUCUCAUAAUUAUGAAAAUGGGAGAAAUCCGCCAAAGCUCAUUAUGGAUUCCAGUUUUUGGUUAUUGUCCUUUCAGUACCACCUCUGCCUUCCUUUUUCCUGUGACCCUCUCUUUGCCCCUCUUUUCUUCUAUACUUUGUGUGUUGUAUCCAAGUUUCCCUGGACAUUUUGCUCAGUAUCAUUCAAGGCCAUCGUUCUUGCUGUUUCCCUUAAAAGUUCUGUUUCAUUGAGGUGUUUCUGUGGUUGGCAGAGUGACCAGCCAAUAGGUAGCUUGUUCUCCUGGUGACCCCCUCAUCACCAUUUACUUGGAAGUCCUUUGCAGAUACUCUGCCCCUGCCUUAGCAGCCGUGGUUCCACUGUUUCUAUAUCAUCUGCAUCCUUUCGUGAUCUUAGAUGUGUGAAUAUCAGAGACAGAAUAGACCAGGCCAAGACCUUGUGAAGUUAGAAAAGAAGGGAACCACCAGAGAUACAGUAAGUAGAAUCCUUAGCAGAGUCUCUUAGGAACUGUGGCAACUCUGAGGAAUGGCCUACAUGACUCAACCAACCAUGAAUGAACAAAGAAAAUAUGUUUUGCAAACAAGGGAGUGGUUAAUCCAUCAGCUGUGCCACACCUAGUAAUGAACUUGGUACAGUCAAUUUGACAGUGUCCCUAGACACCAAAGUGGUGAAGGAGAAUGGCUCCCAAUUUCAGAGGGUUCCAUACUUUGAUUCUUACCAUGUGUUUUCAGUAACACUUUGUUAAACAUAGUAGAGUUUAAUCGGAUAAUUUAUGUUGAAUUAUCAGUUGGUUAGCUUAUAUGGGAAUAAUCAAUGAUUACUGUUAUUCUGGAAGACACAGUGGAUAGGUGUUCAUAAUCUACUGUACUAAUGAGGGACUCCCAAACCCUUCAGGAUUACCCCUAGAACUUUGAGGGGAAGAGUAGUCCAACUCUGAUAACCUCACCUUCAAGUAGGUUUGGGGUUGGGAGAGUAGUUCUCCUAACCCUGCUACAUGUGUUUACCGGCUUGUAUUAGUUUGUCCUUAAUGUUUAACAAAAUUUGUUUUUUUAAAAAGUUAUAUUUUUUCAUUGUUGCUACUACAUAUAAAGUUUUAUUGUUUUUAAAAGAAAUGACUUCCAAGGAAAUCGUCUGAUAAAGUCCUCUAUGGCCAAAGCAUUUUAUGAAAAUUGGAGGAUGUUGCCUGUAACCACAGUUAUAAUUAUUUAGCUUAGUUUUUUUUAAAAUUCAGGUGUAAACCUUGUUUUGAAGCAAUAAGCCUGUUUGAAUUCACUUCAAUCAAUAGGAUUUUUACAGUUCCCUCCGACCUCAGUCACAUGUACUCCAGUAUCUGUGUCCUUCCUUGCCAAUCUGAAAUCUGAGCCCUUUAGUGAAGACAAAAAACUGAUGCUGAUUAUGUGGUGAGAUUACUGUCUUGAAAGGACUGAGGCAGUGUAAAGUGACUGAACCUUCCUGGAGUUGUUAGGUAUGAGAUCUUCCCUCUUUCCAUAAUUCCAGGGACCAUGGAUUCCUUUGGAGAUGGAUUCCACAUCCUGCUCUCCUUAUUGCCAGUUUUGGGGAAGGAGAAGGAGCCAAAGCAUCACAUAAAGGAAUGAGGAAAUGUGGUCCAAUGGAAACAUUCUGAAUUGGAAUCAGGGAACCUGACUUAAAAUCCCAGUUCUGUCACUUACUACCUCUGACCUAAAGCAAAUCACUUAACUUAUCUGCCCCAAAGUUCCUUCAUGUUUAUAAUGAAGGCCGGCCUUCAAGUUACUGGGCUAUAAGAUUCUGCCUUGGUAUAAAACUUUGAUCUUUGGAAAUACUCAUACCUAAUUCUAGAAAAGAACAGACAACUGAAUGAAUGAAAAAGCCUUCGUUAAGUGCUUACAAUGUGUAAAACACUGUGCUAAGAGCUGGGGGUGCAACUAGUAAAGAAGACAGUCUCUGCUCUGAACAAGCUCAGACUCUAGGGGGAAGAACAAGUCAAAUGAGUGACUACUUAUGAGACCCCUGCUCUGUGCUAGCCACUGUGCUGAUAAGUGCUAGGGAGACUAAGAAAACCAAAAGACAUUCAAGGAACUCACAGUCUAGUAGAGGGAAAUAACAUGUAAAGAGUUAUAUACAAAUAGGAUAUACAGAAUAUCCCCAAAGUCUUAGUGCAGUAUUGAGCUUUGAUAGGAAGAAUUAACGAAAUCUCAAAAGGAAGCCACUAGCAUUAAGGAGAACUGAAGAAGACCACUUAUAAAAGGUAAAAUUUAGCAGCUUCUAUAUUAAGGGACAGCAGGGACUGGAAUAUGAUAUCCCAAAGGUCAAAGGAGAUAGGAUUAUAGCCUCACAUAAAACAGACAAGGCUUUUAUAGUGGAAAGGAAAAGGGGGAAGGU